UGUUACUUUCUUUUCCAAGACAACUUGGGGGACCUGGAGGAGAUGAUGCCAACAAAGGGUCGAUGUCCAGCCACAAAGAUGUAUGAAGAAGCCAUAACCAGUGCAGUCCGCUACUACGAAAAUCAGCAUGUGUACCCGUACACCUACUUAGGGGGGUACUGCUAUAGGAACAAAUUAUACAAACAAGCACUCAAGUAUUGGGCCCGAGCUGCCUCAGUCAUAAGAAAUUAUAAUUACUCAAGAGAUGAUGAAGAAAUCUACAAAGAGUUUUUAGAGAUUGCCAAUGAGCUAAUUCCUCACAUCAUGCGAGUGGUUAGCUCGGGGAUCUCGGCCAGAUCCAUACUGAAGGACCCAGAGUGUUUUGGAUACCUGUUGGAGUUUUAUGAUGGGAUCUGUGAGUGGGAGGAAGGUUCAGCCACCCCAGUGCUACACAUUGGCUGGGCCAAGGCACUCUUCAACACUAUUGCCAAAUUUGAUGCUCACGUCAGGUCUCAUGUCAAGAUAUCCUGCAUAGAUCCUGAUUCCACAGACAUCAGUGAAGUACAAGAAUCCCCAACGCUGGAAAAGACAGCAACAGAGGCCAGAACUUCACAGGAUCAGAAUGGGAACAUGGCUGCUGACUGUAUAAAUAUUGCUGAGGAGGUUGGUGAAUACUCUAUUCAUGGAUAAUGGAUAAUACUUACUAGAUCACACAUCACUUUUACCAUGGAAUGAUCAGUUUUGUUAUUGUUGAAUAGGUCAAGUUGUAUUGAACCAGUAUUGAUUAAAAAAAAUAUAUAUAUAGUAAGAGAUUGUAAUUAGGAAAUAAUUGAAGCUUAUUUUGGUGGUCACCAAAAUUUUCAUUAUGCUCUUUCUGGUUAGUUAGGAGAAUCAAUACAGUGUUGAAGCAUUUUCUUAUUACCUCCCAAUCUGUAUCUGCACAAAUAUUAGUAUGACAGUCAGGAACUACUGUAUAGCACACAACAUAAUGAUGUUCUUCAUAUUAUAAUCAUUGUGAGAAAGAAAAUUAAAGAUGUAAAUAAUCAUAGUCAGGAAAAGGCGCGGGGAAUUGAGUGUACAGUCUUUCCUCGAUUUACGACAAUCCGGACAUACGACGGCCAUGGUCGUAUAAAAUAUUUUUCACAUGACGUAUUUUCAAGUCCCGGCGUUAGUGAUCGCGCUGU